AUGAAUUCUGACUAUCCUCCAUUGCCACCAUCAAAGGGCCCUGGUCCUGAAUCGGGGGCUGAAUCCCGUUCUAUUCAGACUCUGCCUCUCCGCGAAGCGGCCAACACCAGCAUCAACACUCCGUCUGUCUCGUUUGAAGAAGUACAAGCACGAGAUUCUACCUCGCAAGAGGAGCCCAAACAGGAUGUGAUGGUCUUAUCAAGUCACGGCGAUGUGAUUAUUGAAUAUGCGGAUCGGGAUGGUGAGGGCUUCCCUUCUGCGUCGUCUGUAUGUCGCUGGCUAGUGGCCAGUGAGGAUUUGAUACAAAAUAGUCCUUAUUUCCGGGCUUUGCUUGAUCCGAAUAAGUUUUCUGAGGGGAGGGAUUUCAUGAAGCAGAAGGCAGACUUGACUGCCGCUGCUGAAUCAGAAACGAAUGACGAUGAAAAUGCAGCAGAGCACCCAUUGUCGAUGUUGCCUUCAUUAUUGGCCACUGACACGGACGCAUUAAGGGCGCUUCCUACUCUCAGCCUCCCAGUGGAUCAAGUCACCCGGAGGCUCGGUGUAAACACCAUUGAGCUCUUCCUCAGGGCCCUAUCCUACCAUUCUCUAAACAACGGGGAAAAGCACGUUUUCAACAAAGUAUUGAAAUCAUUCCCUCCAUCCAACAUUGCCAGACUAAUCCACCUUGCGGACACGUUUAAUUCCCCACAUGUUGUCCGAGAAGCGCUUAAAAGGUCAGGAUAUGCGUAUGGAAAGGGGAGGGUUUCGGUGACCAAGUUCAAUCAGUCGUUGGUGAAAUUGAGUGAGGAUCGUAUUCGACAUAUUAUAUACAUCGCACACUUUCUUAAUGAACAAACUGUUUAUCAGGUUAUGACGCAUACGUUGAUUGUGCGUGGAUCGAAGUAUUGGGUUAAUGGUGUUGAAGCUCCAUUGGAUCCGGAAGAUAGUACUUUCCGAUGGCAGUAUUUUGCGGAUGGACUCGAGGAAGAACUAUUCUACAGACGUCAAUACGUCCUCAACACAAUCACAGACCUCCAGGCCUACUUCCUCCGCGCCUACGGCGCCCUAGAAGAAGCAACUGGCCCCAAACCAUCCACUACGAACUAUCCCGUAACGGUACCCGCAACAUCCACAACAAUCCGUCCUCGCGAAUUCCAAUGUCGUUGCGGUGUGGUUAAUUCCAAUGCCUGCGAUGCGUUCCAUCUGGGACAAAUGAUCCGCUUUUUUGCACUGCGCACGAAGACAGUUUUCUUGGGAUCGAGUCUGCUUGAUCCGGAUUUCACGGCGGAUUUUGAUGAUGAGGAUGUACCACAGAAUACAUUGUCAGCAGGACCACCAGCAGACAUAACAGCAAUUAUCGCCUCCCUAAAACAAUUCCCAGACUAUCAAAUUGACUCAAGCCACAUAGGCUGCGGUAUCAGACGGCGUAUAAUCCCGGCCCUGGACUGCAUUGAGCGAUUCGUUGGCGAUGGCAGGGGCUUACUAGGAGUGUCUCUACGGCAAGAGAAUAAUGGGAGUAGAACACCAGUUUCGGCGAAUUCGUGGACGAAUCGGUCCCUGAGACGAGCACAGCGUGUUGAUAUUCGCUUGUCCAAGAUUAGUGGGAUACAUUACUCGCCUCCAUCCUCAUCCUCAGAGCGCUCUGCUUCGCAAGAGGAGGAUGCAAGGUUAUUCUUUACUGCGAGGAAACGGCAUUGGGAGGCUUAG